AUGGAGACGAGGGGCAGCUCCAGCGACUCGGUCGCCUCGUCGGGUACAUCGCUAUCAGAAGAGGAUGUGAAAGAGGAGCAGACACGGAAGGGAGGCGCCUUGAGUGGUCUGAAGAGCGGGUGGAAGAAGUUGGGGCUGGAUAUCCCAACGGUGCUAUUGAUGAUGAAAGGCGGUCUUGCGCCGACAAUCGCGGUCUCCAUAUACCAAACGGAAGCAAUUUCCUCGGAGUAUACCACUGUCGGGUAUCUAGUAGCCAUCAUUUCGAUUCUAGGAUUUGCCAUCAUGCCUCGAGCCAAAUUCAUCCAGAUGUUGGUUCUCGACAUUCUCUUUGUCUGUCUGGCGGCCGCAGUCGCUCUCCUGAUGAUUUAUUCCAGUGUCAAAGCAAGAGACCAUACUUCUUCCAAUAGCAGCUCGGUCUAUAAUUCGUCCGCCUCAGCUGUCUGCGGAGUAUGGCUCUUCUUUCAGAUCUAUGUGGUCCACUCCUACAGGGCAAAGUACCCCCAAUUCCAGUUCCCAGUGGUGAUGUAUUCGAUAUUUGCCAGUGUCAGCACAUCUUUUGGCACAGAGAUUACCACAAUGGCCGCCGGUGUCGUUUUCGUCACAAAAGUUCUCAAGGCCUUUCUUUUGGGACUGGCAUUGUCGGCUGCUGUCUCGUUCAUUGUCCUCCCUAACACGACACGGAAGGUCGUUUUCGGCCAGAUGGCUGGCUACAUUGGCGGACUCCGCGCCGCUCUCAAGACUCAGGCCGUGUAUUUCGAAUCACUGGAACAGAAUGACAUGUUCGGUCGGGCUGAGACUUAUGAUGAGACCGUGGAAAAGAUUGGCAAGAAGGGGAAGGUGUGGAGCCCGGAGGCCGCCGCUGUCAGGGCUGCAGUGCGCAACAUCACUGAUCUUCACGGGAAGCUCCAUGGCGAUCUGACCUUCGCCAAACGGGAGGUUGCAUAUGGCAGACUGGGGCCUGAUGACUUGCAAAAUACUUUCCGCCACUUACGCCGAGUCAUGAUUCCCGUGCUUGGUCUUAGCUUCGUCGUUGACGUGUUCCAACGGCUAUCGGAUAUUAAUUUGUGGAACAGCCCGGCAUAUGAAGGACCGGUCCAACGCAGAACCGGCGAAAUGAGGGAGCAGGCGGUGCAUGAGUGGAAUGCAAUUAUGCGAUCUGUCCAUGAGCCAUUUGAUGCGGUGAUUAGAUUGAUUGAUGAAGGUUUGCAACAUAUAAGCUAUGCGAUGACAUUCGCCAAACCGCCCAAGAAGCCUGCUCCUGGCAAUGGCUCAUCCGCUGAAGCCGAUAAUCCCGAUAUCGAGGCAUCUGCUGUCAGCACAGCCCCUGGUGAUCCCGGGUUUGCUGCUUAUUUUGAGGAGAAGUUAGAAGAAUUCAAGGAGGCCAAACUGAUAGCACUAAGAACGUGGUGUGAGGACAGGGGUUUCCGUAUUCCGGCAGACUUCUUCGACCACCCAUCAUCUGUGUCUCCUGAAUCUUUCACGUCUACCUCCUGGUUUAGUGAUGGCAGCAGGAGCAGUCUCUUCUUGUUCCUUUACAUGGAGCAAUUGCUGUACUCCACCGGCCAAGUCGUGCUUGAUUUUGUUCGGUUCGCUGACGACCGGGCUGCGAGCGGUAAACUGUCAAAGAAGCACCUGAUCAUUCCUGGUUCAAAGCGCCUGAAGAAAUGGGUCCGAAGCACAUUCUUGGUGGAGGAUUCCCACGAAGAUGACAACAUCGGCGACGUACAUACGCAGAGCAAUAUCCUUCAGCUCGGUGAGGCGUAUCGGCACCGGAAAGACCCUGAGCAUCUUCCUCCGGUGACUAGAUUUCAACGCAUAGGAGACAAGAUCCGAUUCAUCCCGGCUUUCCUCCGUUCGCCAGAAUCAGCAUACGGCUUUCGGGUGGCCUGUGCGACGAUGACCAUUGCUAUUGUCGCUCUUCUUCAUGAUACCCAAGCUUUCUUCAUCAAACAACGGCUGCUUUGGGCGAUGAUCAUGGUGGUUCUGAGCAUGUCGCCCACAUCCGGACAGAGUCUUUUCAGUUUUGUUCUUAGGGUUCUUGGGACCACGAUUGCCAUGGUAUGUAGUCUCCUUGUCUGGUAUAUACCGGAUGAGAAGACACCAGGCGUGAUUAUCUUUCUGUUCAUAUUCGUAUCCAUCGGUUUCUACAUUCCCAUCAAGAUGUUUCGAUUCCGUGUCAUCGGGAUGAUAAGUAUCGUCACCACGACCAUGAUCAUCGGAUAUGAGCUUCAGGUUCGCAAGAUUGGGGAACAAGUUGCCACGUCGAACGGGCAGCCGUAUUAUCCGAUCUACCUUCUUGCACCUUACCGUCUGGCUGCUGUUACUGGCGGUGUUGCGGUUGGCUUUAUCUGGACCUUCUUCCCUUAUCCGAUCUCUGAACACUCGGUGUUGCGGCAAAGCCUCGGGGCAUCUCUUUAUCUUCUAGCGAAUUACUACUCAAUUAUCCACGAGACGGUCGCCGCGCGUAUGCGUGGUGAUGAAGGAGAUAUGACGUUGAAAAGCUCCGCAGGGCGAAAGCUCGAGAAAGCCCGGAACAAGGUCUUUUCCAAACAGAUGCUGAUGUUGAAUGGCCUGCGAACGUACUCGGGAUUCCUCAAAUGGGAGGUCCCCAUCGGUGGUCGGUUUCCGAAGAAGCAAUAUGACUCGAUCAUUCUCAGUGUUGAAAAUAUCGCCAACUACCUGAGUUUGGUCGGCUACGCUUCCGACACCCUCAUGCGCCUUGGAAACGACGACGAGAACUCAAACUCGGCCUGGGUCAACGACUUCAAAAAGUUGAUUGCCCACGCCAAUGUGACGUCCCAUCAGAUCACCUCGUUGCUUUGUCUUCUGUCCGCGAGCAUUACAAAUAGACAACCGCUACCGCCGUAUCUGAAAACACCGAAGCCGUACGCCUUCACAAAACGCCUCCAAGAACUCGACAAAGAUAUAUUGAACCUCAGCCAUAUCGCUGAGCCCGGUUUCGCUGCCUUUGCGGUCCUGCAGAUUUCGACGCGGUGCAUCGUCGGAGAUAUGGAGCGAUUGCUGCGAGAUGUGAAAACACUAGUUGGCGAACUCGACUUCUCCUUCCAUGCCGUGAGCACAGCGGAUGCUUAUAGUUCAAGAAACACGAGUGUGAGCGGAGCUGGGCCUCUUCACCCUUCAGAGCGAGAUAAAUUGGAUUAA